AUGGGAAUCCCAUGGGACGACAUCGUUGUGAUCCAGCACGCCAAGAAAUCCAACGAGCCAACAACUGUCACUGUCAAUUGCCCCGAUAAAGCUGGUCUUGGCUGUGAUCUUUGCAGAAUCAUCCUUGAAUUCGGUCUUCGUAUUACCAGAGCCGACAUUUCGACGGAUGGAAGAUGGUGCUACAUAAUCUUUUGGGUUAUUCCGCAUUCUGAAUCACUCAAAGUUGAUUGGGAAAGCUUGAAGACAAGGCUUCUUUCACCUUGUCCUUCAUGUUUGGAUUUUCGAUCAGAAAGGAUUAUUAUACGAUAUCAACGAAAUCUUGUGCAACCUCCAGCUUACGAUUCAGCGAGUUAA